AUGGCCCCAGUAGCAGCAGCAGCAGCAGCAGCAGCAGCUUCUGGAGCUUUUAACCAAAAGGUGGGAUAUCAUUUGGACCCGGAACCGAAGGACCUUGGGAAUAGCCAUGCCUCCAAGAUUACCAGCCUUGCUUCCAGCCCAGACUCUGAAACCACCACUGAAGAGAAUAAUCGCUGUGGAAAGAACCUCACUCUCUCCCUUUCCUCACUGUCACUAACACCUGCUCAGGCUAGCUCUGAAGAACCAAGCCCAGAAGAUGGUAGCAGAGAGGACUUUAGCAUCCCUGUGUGAAAGCCGAAACAAUCCGAAGAAAGAAGAAACAAAAUCCUCAGGGAGGACAGACACCCGACACCCAGCGCCAAGAGGCAGCCUUGGGCAGAGAUGGCACCCCCAUCGAGGCCCCCGUGGAGGGUAAGACGAGCUGCUCUGGGGAGUGGCGGGCAUCAGUGCCAGAACAAGACACCGGCAGCCCUGCUUGGUCAGACGUCCAGUCCUCUGGGCCCCCCACGGACCCCAUCACUUGUGCCCAGCAGGAAAAAUAUCUCUUUUGCCCUCAACUCACCUAGCGAAGCCAUACAGGAAAACAAAGGGAUGGAAAUCCUCCUUGACUCCAUCACUCCAAAGUUCUGGAAAUCGAAACCAGCCCAAAACAGCUGCCUUCCACUCGCCAUCCCUGAGGAUCCACCGGACUCCCAAAGCAUGAAUGAGCUGAGGCAGGGCCAGCUCUCUGAAGACGAAGCUUGGGAGAGAUUCUUUGCUGAUUCUUCCUCAACGAGGGAAGAGGCCAAUCAACUCUGCGAGACCCUGUAUGGGUUAUUUGGAGACAAGCUGCUAGAUGCCCCCGAUGGUCAAGAUGGCUGUCUCUCGGCUGAGGACAAAAUCUUCUUGAAAGAGUUUCCUGAGAAGAAGAUGGAGCUGGAGGAGCACAUCCAAGACCUUCAUGCUAUCGCAGACCAAGUGGACAAGACUCACAAGAAAUGCAUCAUCACCAAUGUGGUCGCCGGCUCCACCAGCAUCCUCUCCAGCAUCAUGACCAUGAUGGGGUUGGCGCUUGCGCCGGUAACAGCGGGAGGAAGCUUGAUCCUCUCGGCUUCUGGGAUUGGCUUGGGGGCAUUAGCCGCCGUCACCAGCCUUUCAUCGAGCGUCAUCGAACGUGUGGGCGAUUUGGCAGCAAGAGAGCGAGCGAGCAACCACAAGGGGACGAAGGGACAAGCGGCCAUGGUAGUGCUGUGUAAGGAGGCACCCCAGGUUGUCUCUGUGGCCCAGAGGUGUGUUUCUUUGGGUAACCAGGUCAUGGAAGAAAUCAACAAGAACAUCCGUGCCUUCCGCUUGGCUAAAGCCAACCCUUGUUUAACCACUACAGCCAAAACUCUAAUGACCACCGGCUGCCUCUCAAGCCAGAGUGCCCAGAAGGUGGAGAAGGCCUUUGGUGGGACAGCCCUGGCCAUGACCAAAGGAUCCAGGAUGAUGAGUGCCAUGGCGGCAGGUGCAUUCAUUCUGGUGGACACGAUCACCAUCAUUCAUGAUCUGAAACACUUACUGCAGGGGGCAAGAGCUGAAACGGCUGGAGAACUGAGGGAGCGGGCUCAGGAACUGGAAGGGAAGCUGGAGGAACUUUCCCAGGUCUAUAACAAUCUCCUGGAUAUAGUCAUCUCAAACAACGAUGGAGAAGGGGUGGCUGUGGAUGGUGGCACAGGACCAACUCAAUAG